AUGAAUGGUAAUUUGACAAGUGAAUGAAAUCUCAGAACAGAAAGAAAAAUGGUGGCUGAUGGUUUGUGAAACACUUAUUCCGAGGUGAUAGAAACACAAAAUUAAAAUGUUUUAAGUGUUAUUAUUAGUUAAAAUUAUGACAAAAUGUCGACUCCUGCAUCGGAACGAAAGUAUGGAGCUCAAAAAAUUCGCCUCACAAUUGUUUGUGCAAGGAAUUUGGCGAGGAGAGAUCUCUUUCGAAUGCCAGAUCCUUUCGCCAAAAUAUCAGUCAAUGGAAGUGCUCAGGUAUAUACAACAAAUGCAGUGAAAGCAACCCUGGAUCCAAAAUGGAAUACACAUUAUGAUUUGUAUCUCACUAAAGCAGAUGGAAUUACAAUCAGUGUAUGGAACCAGAGGAAAGUGCAGAAACGUCAAGGAUCUGGGUUCCUCGGGUGUGUGCGCAUCCAGCCAUCAACUGUGCACAAGUUAAAGGACACUGGCUAUCAAUGCCUCGAACUGUGCGAAGAUGGGUCUGGCGAGACAUGUGGGGUCCGGGGCCAAGUGAUAGUAUCCUUGAUGUCCAGAGAUGGGACCCGGGGUGAGCCUGCCUCAGCCGCGGGCGAGGGCUCUCCGCUGGCGGUUGUAGGCCCAGCGGGAGAUGUCAGAGCUCCGAGGGAGCCUGCAGUUCAAAGCACACAGAAGCCACUACCGCAGCAUUGGGAGGAGAGAUUCACUGCUAGUGGCAGAGCGUACUACGUGAACCACGCCCUCCGCCUGACACAAUGGGAGCGGCCGGCGCCCGAGCGCGCGCCCGCCUCCCCCGCCUCCCCGCCGCCCGGCUCCCCGCUCACGCCCGCCACUCCCCUCACUUCCCCGCUCGCGUCGCCCGUCACACCCGUGGCUUCACCCGCCACGUCGCCCACGUCCGACACCGAUGUCAACAACGCGACCUCUAUAUCCAUGAGGCCCGAACCGCAGCCGCAGACUGCCACCCGGCGGCAGCCGGCCGCGCCCGCCGGCUCCGCGCCCGCGUCGCCGGCUACUCCCGCGAUACCAGUGGCCGCCGAUUUGCCUCCGGGAUAUGAAAUGCGCACAACAGCCCAAGGCCAAGUAUACUUCUACAACAGCGGCACCGGCUCCUCGACGUGGCACGACCCGCGGGUACCCACGCACCUGCGCCACUGCUCCGUGGCGGCCGGCCCGCUGCCGCCCGGCUGGGAGAUGCGCCACGCCCCCUCCGGCCGCCCUUACUUCGUCGACCACAACAACAAGACCACCCAGUUCACUGACCCUAGGCUAGCGCUGUCUGCCAGACCGCCUGCUCCCGAGCCCGCAGCGACGCCUGCGCCACCGGCCGCGCCGCCGAGCGAAACUGGCGAUGAGCUCCCGCGCUACAAACGAGAUCUCGCCGCUAAAGCCCGAGUGUUGCGCGCCGAACUUCAAGCGCUGCAGCCGCAAACUGGACACUGCCGGAUAGAGGUUUCACGCAAUCAAGUCCUCGAAGAAUCCUACCGACUGGUAAUGAAGCUCCGAGGCAAAGAGCUCCGCAAACGGCUGCUAGUGAAGUUCCGAGACGAAGAAGGCCUCGACUACGGCGGCGUGGCCAGAGAAUGGCUCCAUCUGUUGGGAGGGGAACUGUUUAACCCUCACUACGGGUUGUUCCAGUAUGCGAAUGCUGGGGACGACCGAUACGCGUUGCAGAUUAAUGCUGAUUCUGGGGUGAAUCCCGAGCAUCUCUCCUACUUCCACUUCGCGGGGCGCAUUCUCGGCGUGGCUUUGUUCCACGGCCACCAGCUCGACGCGGCUUUCACGGCGCCAUUCUACAAGCAACUCCUCGGCAGACCUAUAACUCUUCGAGACAUCCGAGAUGUAGACCCGGAGCUGCACCGCUCACUCUCAUGGAUGCUGGAGAACAGCAUCGCGGGCGUCAUAGACACAACGUUCUCCGUGGAAUGUUCGUCGUUCGGCGCCGUCCGCAGCGUGGAGCUGCGGCCCGGCGGCGCCACCGAGCCCGUCACCGACGCCAACAAGCGCGACUACGUGCGCCUCUACGUCGCGCACCGCUUCACCCGCGGCGCCGAGCGACAGUGGCUCGCUCUACAGAGGGGACUGGCCGACGUGGUCCCGCCUCAGUUACUGCGGCCGCUGUCCCCGCGCGACCUGCAGCCGCUACUCGCCGGGCGCGCCGACCUGGACCCGGCGGACUGGCGGCGCCACACGCGCCUGAAGCACGUGACGGCGGACGCGCCCCUCGUGGGCUGGUUCUGGGAGAUCGUGGAGCAGUUCGACGCCGAGAUGCGCGCCCGCCUGCUGCAGUUCGUGACCGGCUCGCGGCGCGUGCCGCUGGCCGGCUUCCGCGCGCUGCAGGGCUCCACGGGCGCCGCGGCGCCGCGGCUCUUCACGCUGCACCUGGUGGCCGACGCGUCGCCGGACUCGCUGCCGAAGGCGCACACGUGCUUCAACCGCCUCGAUCUCCCGCCCUACCCGACGAAGGAGAAGCUUCACGACAAACUGAAGCAGGCCGUCUUGGAGACGGCCGGCUUCGCCGUCGAGUGACGGCCCGAACGAUAUUAUUAGCGGCUUGUAUAUAUCGCCGACUCUGUGAUGAGUCGGGCCCGGAAAGAGGGAACGUCGCCGCGGCCGGCGCGGUCGUCUGACAGAUUAGUGUUGCCGCCCCGCCGCCGCGAUUUCCCUUAUUUCGUUAAAUACGACAGACACGUUAUUGUAGCCUCUCGAGUCCUAAGCUGUCGCGACUAGUCUGAGUUGUGUUGAAUAGAGGAUGAGACUGACUGAAUUUCUAAAUUAGUAAACAUGACAAAGAUGAUAUUCCCUUAAUAAAUUAGAUUAUUAUUAUACAAAUUGGAAUCGAAAAGUUGUAGACGAUCGUUACAGAUUACCUAAACUUCUCUUGUAGAAAAUUCGAAUAACUUUUGUGACAAACUAAAUGCGUCGCACGUCAGCUUUGCGGCCUUGUGAUAAAGUUUGUUUUUGAUAUUUGUACUUGUGUACCGUCUCUUCAAAAUGGGGACAUUUACGGAAUGGCUUUUUUACCUUUUGUUAUAAAAAGUCUAGGUGGGCUCUUAUGACUAUGACAAGAAGGAAAAAGACAUAUUCAAGGCAACUGAGUUAGUGCUUUAAUUUUAUAGAUUUACUACUUAUAGGUACUCAAUAAUAGUUUACUUAUAUCUGUUAUCAUUUUUAGAUUAAUUUAGUCUAAAUUUUAUACCCAGUAGGUGUCGGUUGCACAAAUUAUAACAUGUGAGUUUUUAACUGACGAGGAACCUUCAUUCAAUAAUUAUGCUCAAAAUCAGUGUAUUAUCAUAAGUUGUAUUGCCAUAUGUGAAUGAGAAACAUUGUGUUUUUCUAGCGAGUGGGCUUCCACAUGCUUUGAUUGAAUUUCCGUAAAUGUAGAAAUAACCGCACAACGUAAUAUAGUUUUAUGUAACAUUUAUUUAUUUAUGUAUACAGUGUUAUGUUUACAAUUCUAUUGACUAAGUAGCCCCUGCUGAUAUGUACAAAGAUGUGUGAAUUACUAAGUACCUAUGUAUUUUUGUAAACUAUAUAAUGUAUCAUAUUUACAAGCCAGUACAAAUGUAACAAUGCAUCUAUAAUAAUUUCAUUGUGUCCAUUAAUCAUCAGGCAUUUGAGCUAAUUUUGCUAAUGCCUUGAUUGAGUGCACAAAUCUAACAAAAUUAAAGGCGCGCUUACUCUAGUCUAAAUUAACUAGGUCGCCUGUAGCAGUAAGGACGCUAACCAUCAUGAACAAUUUCGUACAUUGACCUGCCAUUUACUAUUUCUAUCGCAAUCGCUUAUUUUUUUGGUGUAUCUCUCGCGUAGCGGUACUGACCACAGCCAUAAUUCGAAGGACAGCAAUAUACUUGCUAAAACAAGAAUUCGAAUAAUAUCCAUUAAUAUUAUAUGUAUUUCAUUGUAUGUAUUAUAUGUAAUAUUUAAAAUAUUUAUUAUAAAUAUCUAUUUAUGUAAAAGUAUGUGUAGUAUAUGCUGUAUAUGUAUA